CCCGGACGAUCAGGCUUUCCGGGUGACAAAGGAACAAUGGGAAUUCCUGGAAGAAUGGGGAUAAAAGGAUACGCAGGGGAGAAGGGAGCGCCAGGGGAGCCAGGCCUGUCUAUCAUUGGGCCACGAGGACCUCCUGGACAGCCAGGAACAAGAGGCUUCCCAGGCUUUCCGGGUCCGAUUGGGUUGGACGGAAAGCCCGGACAGAACGGCUUGAAAGGAGACUUGGGUCAACGUGGUCUUAAGGGAGUCGCAGGGGAACCUGGUCUGAAAGGGGAAAAGGGCAUAUGUGGAGACUACACUCACAGGAAGCGACGUAUUGUACAGCCUUGUGUUGGAGGAUUGGCCACACAGGGCGAGCCUGGAGCUCAGGGCCCACCAGGACCUCCCGGCCCCCCAGGGCCCUCAGGGACCUCUGGACUGAAUGGUGCUAGUGGACCGCCGGGUAAACCUGGUGAACCAGGAAAACCUGGGAAAGAUCUACGGCUCCUACCAGGGAUGAAGGGUGAGCCAGGCAUGGCAGGAAUAAAGGGCGAUGUUGGCCCCGCUGGUCCUGAAGGCCCCAAGGGACUGAAGGGAGAGCUUGGACUGAAGGGUGACAAGGGCGAACCCAGCGCAGCAGGAACUGGCAUCAAAGGAGAACCAGGGACACCAGGACUCCCCGGCCUAUCAGGAUCCAAGGGUGACAAAGGCGAACAAGGUCUCAAGGGGGAAGCAGGAUCUGAUGGCCCAGCUGGACCAAGAGGUCCUCCGGGUGCGGCAGGAGAGCCAGGGAAAUCAGAAAUCAUCAACAAUGAAAAUGAUAUUCGGAAUGUACCUUUGAUGGGCCCACCUGGCCCUCCAGGGGUCCCCGGAACACCAGGAACAAAGGGUGAAGUUGGCCUUCCAGGCCCAUCAGGUCUUGGCGGAGAGAAGGGUCCUCGGGGGAAGCCUGGAGAGCCAGGUCCUGUUGGCCCAGCGGGCCCUGAAGGUCCCAGAGGGGAGAGGGGCCUGAUUGGUUUCUCAGGACCCAAAGGAGACAAGGGGGACAUGGGUCCCUUUGGAUCACCUGGUUUAGACGGCCCUACUGGUGAAAAGGGGGUUUCUGGACCCCCUGGCCCCAUUGGAUUACCCGGCACAAUGGGUCAGAAGGGCGAGUCCGGCGAUAAGGGAGGAAGGUCAGACAUGGUCUAUGGACCCCCAGGGCCACCAGGUCCCCAAGGGCCAGUUGGCCCCGCGGGACCUGAAGGACUGGGAGGACCAAAGGGGGAGCAAGGCAUAGGCAUACGGGGAGAGAAGGGAGCAUCUGGUUCGAAGGGCGAUAAAGGGGACAGGGGCCAUCUUGGACUUCCUGGAGCUCAUGGUUUAGACGGCAGGCCUGGUCGAGUGGGUUUAAUAGGACCAGUUGGUGUGGCAGGGCCUGCAGGACCAAAGGGGGAGAGGGGUUUCAUGGGAGACUCAGGAGUCCCAGGACCAAUUGGUCCUCAAGGCAUCCCUGGUUUUGUAGGACCACAAGGAUUCAAAGGGAACCGGGGAGAGAGGGGCAAGAAAGGCAACAGGGGAACUAAAGGGGAUAAGGGAGACCAAGGAGCACCCGGAUUAGAUGCCCCCUGUCCGUUGGGGGAUGACGGCCUACCAGUAUCAGGAUGUUGGAAUAAAUGACGAUAACUUCGAGUUGGCACGUGUGAUUGUACAUAGAAUAUUUAUUUUUGUACUUUGUAUGUGCUUUCUUAUACUGAUGGAAGAAAAAGAAAAUCAUAACAAUAUGCCAGGAGUUUUGUACAGAUUGUUUAUUUUUAUUACUUGUAAUAAUGUUUAUGUAUUGGAUUUUAUUUUAAUAGCUAUGCAUUAUGUCAACAUGUUUGAAUAAGGAAGAAUUGCAAUGUGGCUACAUACAGCAUGAUAUUUGUGCAUAAUGUGAAUGGAUAUUGCCUAUUAACUUAUUGUAUCAUGUGAUUUUGUUUUGUUGUGACCACGCUGCACUGAAUUGUGGGGCUGGAAAGGUGAAGUGUUGGCUUAUUGAAACAUCUUAGUUGAACCCUCUUUGUAGAGAUCAUAACUAUGAAAAUGAAAGGCACCGCAAAUAAUUUGUUUCUAAAUAUGUACACAACUCAAGUCACGGUGACAGACAGCACUGUAUUUAGUCUGCACUGUACAGUAUAGCCAUUUAAAUCACUAGCACACAGAUACCCAUGGAUCUCAUCCGAUUUGAACCAUUUAGGAUUUCUGAUAUCAUAAACGCAUAAAGUAUCCUGAAUACCCAGCAUGUCACACAAGCACAUUUUGUCGCUUUCUCUGAAAGGGGAUCUCAUGAAGGUGGUUUCAACUAAGAUUGCCAGACCAUUUCAAGCUUUAAUUGUUUCCACUAUGGCAAAACUGACAUUUUUAAAUAGAAAACAAAUACUUAGCAUUUGCUGCUUUUUCACUGGCUGAGUAGUUAUACAGCCAGAGUGACCAACCAUUCUAAGCUAUAGCUUCACAUAUAACCUGACCUCAAUUUGUCCAAGUUAUCUGUAAAUAUUUUUUGGGGACCAAAUCUAAGGGGCCACCCCCUGCUUUUUCACUAUCAGGCUCUCUUUAACCAUAGGUGUUUGCCUUUUUGUUAGAACGUUAUCAAAUUGAGACCAACCCAUGUUACAGGCUUUCUCUUGGAUGACUGAAAUAUUGCUGCUCACCUUUAAGGCAUGCUGCUGCAACCAGCCACAUAGCCUCUACGGCCAGUGUACCUCAUCCAUUUAUUUAUAUGAAGAAAGCCAUUAAUGGACAAUAAAUAGAUAUUUUUUGUUAAGAAGAAACAGAUUUAUUAUUUACAGCGGUUUCAUAGGAUGUAGUAGUCCAUGUCGCCCUCGCUAACUGUGUUUAUGAAUCAGUAUUGAAGAAAUGGAUGAAGGGGACUGGAGUAGAGUUGCUGCUCAUUGUAAAAAAGCUCUGUGUUCUGCUCUGCCUGGAAAUGUAUAGCUAGAUUAAGAGAUUGUCAGAUUACCACCCUCAAUAAAGUCUUCAUCAGGUUCUUAUACCUCA